GAGAGAGAGAGAGAGAGAGAGAGAGAGAGAGAGAGAGAGAGAGAGAGAGAGAGAGAGAUGGAGAGCAAAAUGGUGGUUGUUUUUGGCGUCUUUGUGGCCGUAUUUGUGCAAUGUGUAGCAGCACAGACAGUGCAUGUGGUGGGAGAUAGCUUAGGUUGGACCAUUCCACAAUCUGGGCAACAAUAUGUCACUUGGGCAUCUGCUAACAAGUUCGCUGUUGGUGAUUUUCUCAGUAAGAUUUCUCAAUUUUUCAACUUCGCCACCAACGCACACGAUGUACAAGAAGUACCCUAUGCAUCGUUCGACUCAUGCAGCUCGGACAACACAAUUGGCUCGUCCAUCACAACAGGCCCAGCCAACGUCACGCUCACCUCAGCAGGCGACAACUACUUCAUCUGCACUUAUGGCACCCACUGCCAGUCAGGCCAGAAGCUAGCCAUCACCGUCUCAGCCGCCGCCCCUGGAGCCUCGCCCUCUGGACCGCCACCACCACCACCGCCCACUACCCCUCCUACCACACCAUCACCAUCAUCGAACGACCUUGCUGCUUGUGCUCUAGUCCUGUCACCGCCACCAUCACCGUCCACGGCUAGUGGGCCCACAGUAAAGACUACUCCCGGGUCUUCCCCGCCCCCUGAUAAUUCUUCUUCACUAGCUGUUGUGGCGGGUUUCUCUUUGUCUUUCUUGUCCCUUGUCAUCUUGGGUUUGUCCUUCUUGCCCAACACUGUAAGCUUCUACUGA